AUGGUGACGUAUGGUGGCGUGUGGCAGCAUGUGGUAAGCAGAGGACUACGAGGGCACACCGCUUGUCGCCUCCGUUUUCCUCAAUUCCCUUCUCCCCCCAUAUGCGGCCCAAACCUCCCCGCGCCGCACUCCCCCGUUGCGUUUCAGACCCUCCUGGAGCACGUGAAGGGCAUGUACACGGACUACGAGGGCAUCCCACCUUCUCUCGCUCUGCUCUGCACGCGUACCCUCCUGGAGCGCGUGAAGGGCCUGUACACGGACUACGAGGGCAUUCCGCCCGACCGCGUGGUGCCCACGGUGGGGCUCAACAUAGGGCGCGUGGAGGCGCACAAGGCGAAGCUCAUCUUCUGGGACCUGGGCGGACAGAUAGGGCUGCGCACGAUAUGGGAGAAGUACUACGAGGAGGCGCAUGCAGUGAUCUACGUGGUGGACGCUGCCUGCCCCGAGAGAUUCGACGACGCCCGAGGGGCGCUCGAGAAGGUGUUGAGACAUGAAGACCUGGUUGGAGCUCCAAUCCUGAUCUUCGCCAACAAGCAGGACCUACCUGAGGCAGUGGGCGAGGAGGACUUGACGCACUGCCUGGAGCUGAGGGACCUCAAGGGGCGCUCCGCCAUGGUCAUGCCUGUGUGCGCCUAUGAUGGCACGGGGGUGAGGGAGGGAGUGACGUGGCUGGUGGAGUCAAUGAGGAAGAGCCAACGAGCAGACCUCAUCAAGCAAAGGGCAGAUGCUGCUGCUGCCUUCUGA